AUGCUGUUAGUAAUAUGCUUAGUUUUUUUUUGGUUCAUCCCUUAUUAUUGUUUUAACUACAUUUUAUGUGUAGGUAAUAAAAAUGACAUGUUUUUUGUAAAAAAUAAAAAUAUAAUAUAUCCUUAUAAUGAUAUAAAUAGAAUAAGAAGAAAUAAAGGAGGGAACUUGAACAGAAAGAUGGUUGCUAAGAAUAAUAAUAUUGAUCAUAGUAAUAAGUAUUAUAAUAAUUUAUAUUUAUCAUGUAGUAAUAAAAAAAGAGGAAAAGGUGUAAUAAAAAGAUUAUGUGCGAUUAAACAGGACAAUGUAGUUAUAAAAAAUAUAAAUGAAGAUGAAAAAGAAAGAGAAAUAAAAAAAAAUGAUAGAGAUAAAAUAAAAUCAACAAAUAAUAAUGAACAUAAAAAAGAAGAUACAAAUUUUGUUUUUUCAUAUGAUAAGAAAUUAAAUAAUUAUUCUGAAUUUAAUAUAUAUAUGGAAAAUAAUAAUAUAGAAGAAUAUAUAUCGGAUGUAAAUAUUAGUACAGAAGAAAUAUGUAACUUAUAUGAAGAUAUGUAUUUAGGAAGACUUUUUGAGAACUUAGUAGCUAAAUUAUAUUAUAAUAAAAGAGUUAAUGGUUUUGUUCAUUUAUAUAAUGGUCAAGAAGCUGUAAGUACAGGUAUUAUUAAAAAUUUAAGAAAUUCAGAUUUUAUUACAAGUACUUAUAGAGAUCAUGUUCAUGCACUAAGUAAAGGUGUGCAUGCAAAUAAAAUAUUAAAUGAACUAUAUGGAAAUUAUUAUGGUAGUACAAAUAAAGGGAAAGGGGGUUCUAUGCAUAUUUAUUCAAAAGAAAAUAAUUUCAUAGGAGGAUUUGGAUUUAUUGGUGAACAAAUACCUAUUGCUGUAGGUUUAGCAUAUAGUAUCUUAUAUAAAAAUGAAUUUCAAUAUAAUCCAAAAAAUUUGUCAUUCACAUCUAAUACAAAUAAAUAUACAAAUAAUCAUAUACAAGAGAAUAUAAACUUGAUACAUAUGAAUAAUUCUCAAAACAUAGAUGUUGUAGUAUGCUUCUUAGGUGAUGGUACCACUAAUAUUGGACAAUUCUUUGAAUCUUUAAAUCUUGCUUCUUCUUACAACUUACCAAUCAUUUUUGUUAUAGAAAAUAAUAAUUGGGCUAUAGGUAUGGAGAGUUCUAGAAGCUCAUCUGAUGAUCUUAUGAAUAACUAUUCAAAAGGAAAAGCUUUUAAUAUAGAUACUUUUAAAGUAGAUGGAAAUGAUGUUCUUAGUAUAUAUAAACUAGCCAAAAAAAAAAUCCAACAAAUUAGAAAUAGAACAUCAGGACCAGUAAUUAUAGAAGCUAUUACAUAUCGAGCUAAAGGACAUUCUUUAGCAGAUCCAGAUGAACUUCGUAUUAAAGAAGAAAAAACGUCAUGGAAAAAAAGAGAUCCUAUUUUAUUCUUAUCCAAUUAUAUGAAGAAAUAUAAUUUAGUUGAAGAAUCAUAUUUUGAACAAGUUAAAAAAAAAACACAAACAUUAUUACAACAAGCAGAACUAGAUGCUGAACAAAAUUCAAAGAAAGGAGAAAAUUUAGACAUAUGCAAUAUUAUUCAACAAAAUAUAUUUGCCCCAUCAAAUUUUACUCCUUAUCAAAGUGAGUAUCAAAAUUAUAAACAAUUUGACGAUAUUUCUAAUGACGAAUUAAAAGAAUAUUAUCAAGAACUACUCAAAGAAAUUGAAAGAAAAAAAGAAAACAAAAAGAUUGAUCCUAACGACAAGUUUGAUCAAAAAAAGUUACCCUUAAUAAUAGAUUAA